GAGCCCGAGUUCAGGUACACAGCGGGGCUGCACGGGAACGAGGUGCUGGGCCGGGAGCUGCUGCUCCUGCUGAUGCAGUUCCUGUGCAAGGAGUACCAGGACGGCAACCCCCGGGUGCGGAGCCUGGUGACCGAAACCCGCAUCCACCUUGUGCCCUCCCUCAACCCCGACGGCUACGAGCUGGCCCGCGAGGCGGGCUCCGAGCUGGGUAACUGGGCGCUGGGCCACUGGACGGAGGAGGGCUACGACCUCUUUGAGAACUUCCCUGACUUGGCUUCAGCACUGUGGGCGGCUGAGGAGAGGAAACUGGUGCCCCACAAGUUCCCCAACCACCACAUCCCCAUCCCGGAGCACUAUCUGGCUGAGGAUGCCGCGGUGGCGGUGGAGACGCAGGCCGUCAUGGCGUGGAUGGACAAGAACCCCUUUGUGCUGGGAGCCAACCUGCAGGGCGGGGAGAAACUGGUGUCUUACCCCUUCGACACGGCCCGGCCCGUCAGCGAGACGCCAGCAACCGCCCCUCGCCUGCCAGACGACUACGAGGAUGACAACCCCGAGCUGCACGAGACGCCCGACCACGCCAUUUUCCGCUGGCUCGCCAUCUCCUACGCCUCGGCCCACCUCACCAUGACCGAGACCUUCCGUGGGGGCUGCCACACACAGGACAUGACCAACGCCAUGGGCAUUGUGCAGGGGGCCAAGUGGCACCCGCGGGCUGGCAGCAUGAACGACUUCAGCUACCUGCACACCAACUGCCUGGAGCUCUCCAUCUACCUGGGCUGUGACAAGUUCCCCCAUGAGAGCGAGCUGCAGCAGGAGUGGGAGAACAACAAGGAGUCACUGCUCACCUUCAUGGAGCAGGUCCAUCGGGGCAUCAAGGGCUUAGUGACAGACCAGCAGGGAGAACCCAUUGCCAAUGCUACCAUCGUUGUGGGGGGCAUCAACCACAACAUCAAGACAGCCAGCGGCGGGGACUACUGGCGCAUCCUGAACCCGGGGGAGUACCGCGUCUCGGCUCGGGCCGAGGGCUACAACCCCAGCGUCAAAACCUGCAACGUCUUCUACGACAUCGGGGCCACCCAGUGCAACUUUGUCCUGUCGCGUUCCAACUGGAAACGCAUCCGGGAGAUCAUGGCCAUGAACGGGAACCGGCCCAUCCGCCGCAUCGUGCCCGGCCGCCCCAUGACGCCCCGCGAACGCAUGCGCCUGCGGAUGCGCCUCCGGCAUCGCCUGCGCCUCCGGCAGCAGAUAAGGCUGCGGCGUCUCAAUGCCACCACGGCCGCCAGCGGCCCCACGGCCCUGCCGCCCACCACGGCCCUGCCCUCGCCCUUCAGCAGCACUGCCUACGCGCCCUGGAGCCAAGAGCCACCCACAGCCGGCACCUGGGAGAUGGAAACCGAAACCGAGACGGAGGUGGUCACCGAGCUGGUGACGGAGACGGAGGCCUGGGAGCUGGGCACGGGGACAGCGCAGCCCUUCACCACGGCCGAGACCUACACCGUGAACUUUGGUGACUAGGAGAUGCCCGUCCCCUCACUUCCACCUCAAGCCAAGGCCGGACGCUCGCAGCCGGUUUGGUUUCACCUGCCGCAGGCUCCGGCAUCCACUUCUAAAAAUCUUUCUUUGAGCCCCGGGCAGCCCGUUCCGGGUGGGCUCCAGCUCCUCACCCAUGCUGCUUCCUAGGACUGCAGGGCACGCCACACCGAUGCUCGCCCCGAAGGCUGGGCGCCCGCGGAGCAUCCCCCUUGCCAGGCUCCAGAGCCAGGCAGGAAAGGAUGUUCUGCCCCAUCCCUCAGGGAUGGGCAGUGCCAGUUCUUGCCUGGCAAGGGAGGGGGUGAAGCAG